AGAUGUUUGUAGGGAAAGGGGGUGGAGAGCGGGGAGGAACGCAGGCCAGUGGAGUUGGUUUGGUUAUAAAGAGCUAGGGAGGAAAGAGAGGCGGCAUUUCAGCCCGCAUCUGGGUCUCCAGCGGACUCUGCGAUGGCAGAUAGAAAAGCUGAGUCACUGCAUUCCUCCAUAGGGCUCUUGGGCAUUUCCGCAGGAUCACUCUUGCUGGCAGUGCAUUUCUACAGUGUACCCAGAGCAGUCCCCCUGAUCCCCAGCACAGCUCUAGGAGUCCUUCUGCUGAUUUUAUCGUCUCUUUUGGCAUAUGCAGGAAUUCGGAGAAGCCUAAGAAAUGCCUCCCUGUUCUUGUCUCUCUGCCUGACCAUCUCAGUGUUCUGGUGCGGCUAUGGAGUGGUCUUCAUCCUGGGAGGCCAAGGAGUUUUGAACGACACUGGUGAUUUCCACAAUGCCUUGGUGCCUGGCCUGGUCACGUUUACUUUGGCACUACUCAUUAUUGCAGUGGUGGGCUUCCUUUGCAGAGAGGUCAUCCUAGCUAUGAUUGCUUCUGCUGUCUCACUUGCCAGUGCUCAUGAAGUUGCCAUGCGUUACAGCACAGCUUUCGGUUCCUCUGCCGUGGCUUGCAAUUACAUGAUUGUCUGCUUGGUUGGUGGUUAUUUUGCUCUGGGAAGGAUUCUCUAUUUCCUAACCAAAGAGAAAAUUGCUCUCCCUGGCACAGAUCUGGCCAAGAAGAAGACCCACGAACAGAUCCAAUCCACCAGUGGCAGCAUGAAUCCUUUUGCAGUCACUGGUCUUAUCCUGAACAUGCUGUCUGCCAGUGUCUUUGGCUGUAGGCUCCUGGGCGUUACUGGCAAACUAUUUAUCGGUCAAGUGCCCUGGCUGUGGGCAGCUGGGAUCUACCAGAUUGGCAUCUGCAUUUUAUCAUACCGUGCAAUGGAUGUACUAAUGGCUACAUUCUUUGGUUUCACUUCCAUCCUGAAAUUUGCUGGAGGCUAUUGCCUUCUGUACCCAAUCUGGCAACUGGAGGAGCCAUCUUUCCCUACUCCAUUCCUGGUGGUUUUCUCAAUUCUCUUUGUUGUUUUAGCUCUUUUUCUCACUCUUAAGAGCCCAGUGGAUGGCCUGUAUUUGCUGUUUUAUGUGGCCUACUGCAUUGCAUUAGCUUGCCGUCCCAAGGGAUUUUUUGAAGGUGGACCCCAAGGCGUGGAUGUGGCCAUCUUUGUGGCCUCAGCCUUGAUGACUCUAAUUCACCUGUACAAUGUGAAAGCAAGUGCCAAGAUCCCAACAGGGAAGGGUGCUGUGAAGGCUCUACUUGCUCGCAGCAGUUUUCUGAAGCUUCGUGAAGGGGCAGACCUUCACGCUCCCUACCUAGGGUAUUCCAAGUACGCAGAUGCAGAAGUACUUGGCUAUGCAUGCAGUGUCCUCGCUUCUUUUGCUAUAACAAUGACAGGGGACCCACAGGCUCCACUUGCUACUGUUGUAAUUCCAUGGGUAGUGGUAGCUGGUGGGAUCCUUAAGCUUCUAGGCGGCUCAGUGGCCUUUGCCCGGGGUAAAACCCUGGAGAGCAGUGCCUUCAUUCUCUAUGCUGUCAUGUGGAUCAUCUGGGGCUUGACAAGAUAUGGUGGCCUCUAUGGCACUACCAGAAGCUUCCACGCAGCGGUAGGCAUCAUUGCUUUCAUGCUCUUCAAUGGCUUCAUUGUCUUCUGCACGCUCUUCUUAAACAUCGCCUGGUUCUUUUACUCCCUCGCUUUCUUGCUCAUUGCUGUCAGCUUCUUGCUGGAUGCCAUCCAUGCUCUUCCAGCAGGCUAUGACAUUGCUGCCACUCUCAUCUUCGGUCUGGUCAGCUUUUACUGCUUCCUGUCUGCCCUUUUCAACAGCAUCUUUGAGGGUUCCUGCUUACCAAUGGGUAGACCCAUUGUGCAGCUUAGUGGUGUGGGGGGAGGAAUGACCAAGUGCCUUCACCUGCCUGCCAGGAAAGCUUCCUCAGUCAAGAGAAUUGCAGAUAUCCUGAAGAAUGGAGGGACUUGCGGCAUCCCCACAGAUACUGUGUAUGUGCUUGUGGCAGCCUGUAAUCGGCCUGAUGCUGUGGAGAAAGCUCACCACUCCAAGCGCCAGGCUCAGGAUCGCCCCAUGUCACUCUGGAUUUCUAGCCUAAAGCAACUGGAACCUGCAAAGCAUUUGUUCACUCCCCUCCUCUGGGACUUCAUGGAGGCUGCCUGGCCAUCUCCUAUUAGCUUGGUGGUUCCCAGAGGUGAAUGGGUGGACUUUCUGGGAAUGAAGGACUCUGCUAAAUACGUCGGUACCCCUCAGAGCAUUGCCAUCCGCAUUCCUGACUGCUCUGUCACCACGCACCUCAUCGACUUGGUUGGCCCCAUUGUGGUCACGUCGGCUAACCCAACAGGAGAGGCAGACACAACACACCACAACCAAGUGUAUGCCAAGCUGGGGGAUAAGGUGGAUGCAGUUCUGUGUGAUGGGCCUUCUCCAGAGAACAUUGCUUCCACCGUUGUGGACUGCACCAAAAUUGACAGUGGAAACAUAGGAUUCUUCAGAGUUGGUAUCAUCCCCAAGUCUCAGGUGCUGCAGAUACUGGAGCAGGUGCAGAAGAAACACAUGUUGGUUCCGAACAGUGGCACUUGCACCACAAAAGGCCAGGAAGAACACAUGAAUCACAGCCACGCUGUGCGCAACGGGGUGGGCACGGCUGCCUCGGAAGAGACGGUGCCGGUGCCGUCCCCCACUGAUGGCUGUGAGAAUCACACUCGCCUCUGACUCCCCCGAAGGUCAAGCAGUUACGUGCUCAUUAGGAAAUUGUUUGCUGGAAAAUGACAUAUAGGUCAAAUUGGGGAGUGGGAGAGGUUUCCUAGCUGCAGGGGUGACUUAUUCAUCUUUCUAUGGAUACUGCUAAAAUACCCCAGUGCAGAGCUGACUUGCAAACCACAGACACCCAGAAGUAAAAUUUUCACUUACAGAGACUGCCAGCUUUCACUGAAGAUCAGACGAGACCAAAGAAAGUGUUAUAUUGGUGACAGACUGGCCCCAGAGUAACAGGGCUUUAUUCCUUUCACUGGGAGUUAAUACCUUUGGGUGGGGGCACAGAGUAAUGUGAAGUGUUUUAUAAUUACGUGUUGGGGGAAAAACACCGCAUGAAACUUGAAGUGGGAGAGGAAGAAGGGAAGAUGUAUUCAGGUACUGUGCUGGUGGAUAUAGUGGACUUUCUAAAAUAGGUGAGGCAAAGCACGACCUCGGGAGCUGGGGCUAUCUUCUGAUAUGUCUUCUCAAAAUGGCUGUCGCAGAACCCACCACUAAAAAGAAAUGCCAUUACCUGAGAUGCCCUUUUCUGUAUUUCACAGCCAGUGUGAGGGUGGAAUUACUGUUUUGAUGACUCCAGUAAUAUCUCCUUAGAAGUGCUGGAGCAUUACAGGAGACUGUCCCUUCCCAUGUUAUCUUAGGCAGAGUAUGAAUUUCAGGAGAAUCAUCUGCACCACAUUUGAGGAUGCUAGAAGCUGGUCUCUUCCCUUAUAGCAUAGCUGUACACAUCUCGGUACGCUUCCUCCAGAGUGCAGAUUUAGUACAGAGCAGUAGCUGCUGACCGGGAGGAGGAGAAAAGAAGUUUCAAACCAACGUGAGGAGUUUUCCUUGGCAAAAACUGCAUGGCUGUGCAGUUAGUGGCUUGUUUAGCCUCUGAAAACUGUUGAUCUUAUUCUUACCUGACUCAGGUGCAAGGUGCUGAUUAAACUCCAGCUGAAACCAAUGAAUUAAUUCAUUGAUUUCACCUGAAGUUCUGCUGGAACUUAAGCAUAAAUGCUGUGCAGUCAGAGGAGCUCAACCUCUAUGAACUAUGGCAAAAUCAGGUCUUCUCAGCUUGUUCUUACAGAACUGGCUCUCUUCCUGCAGAGAAAGAUAAUGCCAGAUAAUUAAGUUUGUUAAAUAAUUUUGCUGGUCUACUUACUGUAUCUCUUUGGAGUUUAUUAAAACUGAU